AUGGACGCCAAAGAAGGGUUCUUUGAACAAGUUCCAUGGUCAACAUGCUUUGAGGGAGAGAGCAAGGAAAUUGGACCAGGGGAUUUUGAUUAUAAGAUAUUCCAAAUGUAUCUCAAGAAGCAUGUUUUGUUAAUGGAAAGUUUUAAUGCGAUCAAGUUUGAGAUGCCUUACCAUAUAUGGUGUGGUGGGUGCAAUUCUAUGAUUGCAAAGGGUGUUCGUUUUAAUGCAGAAAAAAAGCAAGUCGGAAAUUACUAUUCUACAAAGAUAUGGAGCUUUACCAUGAAGUCAGCCUGCUGCAAACAUGAGAUUGUUAUUCAGACAGAUCCGCAGAAUUGCCAGUAUGUGAUUAUUAGUGGGGCCACUCAAAAGGUUGAGGAAUAUGACAUUGUGGAUGCAGAAACUGUUGCACUUCCUGGAGAUGAAGAAAGAGGAAAGCUCGCGGAUCCAUUUUAUCGUCUUGAACACCAAGAAGAGGAUUUGCAAAAGAAGAAAGAAGCUGAGCCAGUAUUAGUGCGCCUACAGCGAGUUUCUGAUGAAAGGCAUUUAGAUGACUAUGCCCUCAACAAGGCCCUCAGAGCAAAACUUAGAUCUCAAAAGAAAAGAGUUGCUGAAGAAGAGGCUGCUUCAAGGAAGAUGGGUCUUGGUAUACGACUGCUUCCAGUGGCAGAGGAGGAUGUUACUGUGGCAUCACGAGUGAAGUUCGCUUCCAGGUUUGACAAAAGCAGGAAGGAUAAGCGAGCUUUGAUCAAUGCUGCUUCAAUUUUUCCUGGGUCGUCUGGGACUUCUGCAUCCAGUAAGAAGAGUUUGGAACUACAAUCUAAGAGAAGGAAAAUAAGUGCUGCUGCUGCAUCUAACUUACUUACAGGGGGAUUCAAGCCAUCGUCAUGGUCUCAGAAUGCAGUUUCUUCAGGCAGACACAAUGGAACAUUAGUGACAGUGAAACGCUCCUAG